AUGUCCUAUCUUCCAACCGUUAGCGUGAACAGUGCUGCGGCAGCUGCUAAUGCCAAUAUGGCUGCAGCCUAUCUGCAGAAAGGAGCUUACGGUACUCCACAUAUGCCAAGCGCUGCUGCAUUCGGUUUUACAGCACCUCCGACGCAUAAUUUCUUACCACCGGGUAUGGGAUAUAUUGGUGGAUCUUUGGCCGAUUGUCAAGGUGCUGGAAUGGCAGCUUGGAAUGCCGGUCAAGCAUCCCGAAAACAAAGGCGGGAAAGGACAACGUUUACUCGAGUGCAACUGGAAGUACUUGAAGGUUACUUUGCCAAAACCCGGUAUCCUGAUAUUUUUAUUCGUGAGGAGAUCUCUGUAAAAAUUCAACUUCCUGAGUCAAGAGUGCAGGUUUGGUUUAAAAAUAGACGAGCGAAAGCACGGCAACAAAAAAAAGCAGCGAAACAGGAAGCUCAUAUAGCUGGAGCAUGCGGUUCUUCUAAUGCCACAAAUAGUACCAAUGCAUCUAACGAUAGCAGCAGUCCACAUAAUACAAGCACUGAAAGCACUCAGGUUAAAGUUGAGGAAACAUCAGAAAGCUCAUUAAACGAACAGAGUAAUGUUGCUUCACCAAUCGACGUUGAUUCAAAAGUUGGCAUUUUGCCACCACCAUAUAUCAGCGCGAUCUCACCUUCUUCUGCAUAUGCUGCGCAGCCUGCAUUUCAAGGAUACGGGUAUGGAACUUAUCAGCCGGCAGUUGCAACUCCAAUGGAGUAUUUUCAAUACCCAUCAUCGGCGGCCACCUAUGGGACCACUGAAGCAUGGAAACUGAUGAAUCAGUAA